ACAUACUCCUCUCGCUCUCUCUGACACUCACAUCCGCCGCAAACAUGGCAGACGAGGUGGAUGUUGUUGAUAUCGAGGGAGAUGAAUGUGAUGAAAGAGUCGGCGACCUGAGCAGUGCUGAGAUUCUCCAGGAUCAAUACUUACAGUCUGCUUGGAAGACAAACAGCAAUAUACUGCCCUGGACACUGGACAGCUCCAUCAGCGAUGAGAACAGACAGGCCAUUGAGAGCAUGCUGCUGGAGGAACAGUAUUAUUUUUCCAGUAAGAAAGCACCAAAGGUGGCAUGGACCAAUGAGAAGACUAAAGUGAAAAAGACAUUGGUGAAGAGUUCUGGAGCACAAACUCGUUGGGUUGAAGAGGAGAAGGAUCUCUUUGAGAAAGGACUGGCUCAGUUUGGCCACAGGUGGACAAAGAUUGCCAAACUAAUCGGCACUAGGUCAGUUCUACAGGUGAAGAGCUAUGCUAAGCAGUACUUUAAAAAUAAGUCUAAAACGGACACACCUGCUGAAGUGCCCUCCUCUAAUGUGACUUCAGACACCUCGAUCCAGCCUCACAUCUCAGCCCUGACCAAUGCUGUGCGCAUCGAGCAGCUUUCUGAUGAUGAAGAUGUUGACAUCACUGAUGACUUCAGUGAAGUUGGGCUUCAGUCUGAAAACCAGCCAGAGCCCCCAGGCUCCCCGGAGUGCAACCGCAAAGAAGAACUCAGUCCAAUGCCACAUCCAUCAGACGUACUUUUAAACCCUCUGUCUGAAUCAGGAAGCACAGCUGUAGAUGGACCCACUGAUCCAGACGCUGGCAUCACUCAUAUUGGGAUUGAUCCAGAACCAAAGGAGGAAAGUGGGACCCACUUCUCUAAAUCAGGCAGUCCAGGCAAACACAGCCUGUCUGAGGAGGAGAGCACUGAAAGCGCAGAUAAGACUGAAUCAGGUGAAUGUCCUGAGGAGGAGGUGGAGGAAGACCAGGAGGAGGAGGAGGAGCUCAGAGCUCCUGAACAGGAGGUUGUGUUGGACUUAAAUACCAUCACAGAUGAGGAGAAGCAUGCCAUUCCAGAAUUCUUUGAAGGGCGUCCAUCAAAAACCCCUGAGAGAUAUCUAAAAAUCCGCAAUUACAUCCUGGACCAGUGGGGGAGAAGUAGACCCAAAUACCUGAACAAGACAUCGGUGCGUCCAGGCUUGAAGAAUUGUGGGGAUGUCAACUGCAUCGGUCGGAUACACACCUACCUGGAGCUCAUUGGAGCUAUUAACUUCAACUGCGAUCAGGCUAUCUAUAACCGUCCGCGGCUGGUUGAUCGCUCUCGGCUAAAGGAAAACAAAGACAGCCUGGAGACGUAUCAUCUUGCCCAGAGGCUGCAGUCUGUGCGCACAAGGAAGCGGCGCAUUCGGGACAUGUGGGGGAAUUGGUGUGAUGCUAAAGAUCUAGAGGGUCAGACAUAUGAGCAUCUGAGCGAAGAGGAACUGGCCAUCAAAAGAGAGGAGAUGAAGAAGAAAGGACCAAAACCAUGUAAACUACCCAAACAGAGAGGGUCUUUUGAUCCAUUCCAGCUCAUUCCAUGCAAAGCUUUUGGAGAGGAAACCGAGGAACCGUUCAGAGUGAUAGUUUGUGCUGAGGCUCUUAUUGUCAUGGACAUACAUGCUCAUGUAUCCAUGGGAGAGGUAAUUGGCCUUUUAGGAGGAACAUAUGAAGAGGAAGAGAAGGUGUUAAAGAUCUGUGCAGCAGAACCAUGCAACAGCCUGAGCACAGGUCUGCAGUGUGAGAUGGACCCCGUCUCUCAGACUCAGGCAUCGGAGCUGCUCGGGGCCAAAGGUCAAAGUGUGGUUGGUUGGUACCACUCUCAUCCAGACUUUGACCCCAACCCCUCUCUCAGAGACAUUGACACUCAGGCCAAAUACCAGAGUUAUUUCUCUCGAGGAGGUGCUCCAUUCAUCGGAAUGAUUGUCAGUCCGUAUAACUCAAAUAACCCGUCUCCCCUGUCUCAGACCACCUGUCUGCUGGUACAGGAGGAGACCGGACCCUCUGGACCUCAGAGGUUUCCAUACCGGUUUAACAUCCAGUACUCAUCUGAGCUUCCUGAUUGGUCAGAAGUGAUGAGAAGAGCAGAAUGGGUGGUGUUCAAGUACAGGCUGUCUCAUGGGAGUGUACCAAUGGACAGGCUCUUCCGCAGAGAUUCUUCUCUAACUUGCCUGGAAAAGAUGCUUACGUCAAUCCAGAAGAUUUUGGAGCAGGUCUCAGAGAUUGACAUUGAGACUUUCCUGUUACAGAUAGAAACCUUGUUUAAUACACACUUUCUCCCCGAGACUGGCUCUUCCUCCUCUCAUCUUCAUGAAACAGUAAGGCAGCCUCAGUUACUGUCAUUCAUCUCCUCUGAGCCAAUCAACAGCAGCCAGGCCACGAAUGAGACUCGUGUUACUGAGUCUGACAGCCCAGAUGAAUUGUACACUACAAGACCUGUCAACCACGUUAAAAGCUGUAACGAAGAAGAGGAUGCACCUGUUACACAAGCUAUCAGUACAGAAACUGUGUAAAUAAUAACAAUAAAUCUUAACAACCUCAAUGGAAGAACUUAGCAUAAAGAAAUCUGCUACUGCAGAGAACAAAUGUAUCAUUGUAUGUGUAACAUUGCAUUCAUGUAGAUUUUUAUAUUUAUAAUAAAAAAGUAUAACAUCUAAUCUGCGUUCGCUGACAGGCGCAAGAGCCAGAGACAGACGCGUUUUUACAGCG